UCAACAGUCUGAACUCUGACCUUCAUAGUAAAUCCAUCAAUACAGCAACUCUGGAGGCCAUUUGCACCAAAACCUCCAGCUAAUGUUGAAAAUACCAAACAGUUGAUCUGUUCAGCCCAAUAAUCACCUGAUCAUCAAUAGUGACCCCUCAGACCUGGGGUCACUAUCAGACACUGUCUCUACAGCUGUAAGCUAACAUCUGAUCUACUGCAAAGGCAUGAAAACGUCAUUCGGUCUGGAGAAACGAUGCUGGAUGGAGACAAACACAGAGCAGGUGAUUCACUCAGAGGACAGCAGAGGACAGAAACUGAACUAUGCAGGCAGAUGGAGACACAAAGAGACAACAAGGACAGCAAAGAAACACCUGCAGCCAGUUUCAGGGCGAGGGGCCCCAACAUGCAUUUGGGCUCAGGGGACAGAAAGAUGUAGCCACGGCCCUGGAAGACGGGAUCCAUGAAACCAGACAAUGUCCGUCCUAAACAGACAUAAUUCAGAUUCUGAUCAUGAUCCAGAUCAACGUCGUGUUUUGACCAAAACGUUUCCUGGUUCUGGAAACCAACGAACCGGAUCAUUGACUGAACAACGAGAUCAGAAAACAUUCUGUCAGAAUCACUGAAAUGAAAUCAUUCCUGCAGAAACUCGCCUGGAGAAAUGGCUGAGAUGUCGAUCAUCACCAAAGUCAAUAGAAAUGGAGAACAAGACAACAGGGAACGGAGGUCGAGGUGCCAGAGAUACCAUCAUGGGAGGACAAACCCCUACAUGGGAUGUACCACCAGCAAAUAACCCAAGUGGCUGAUAUCAGUAAAUCCUAUCAAUGGCUGGAAAAAGCUGGACUCAAGGACAGCACAGAGGCCCUCAUCCUGGCCGCCCAGGAACAGGCCCUUAACACCAGAGCAAUAGAGGCCCAGAUCUACCACACCAGACAAGACCCAAGGUGUAGGUUGUGCAAGGAGGCCCCUGAGACAGUCCAGCACAUCACAGCAGGGUGCAAGAUACUGGCAGGGAAAGCGUACAUGGAGCGACAUAAUCAAGUGGCAGGCAUAGUGUACAGAAACAUCUGUGCAGAAUAUGGACUGGAAACCCCAAGAUCAAAGUGGGAAACACCCCCAAAGGUGGUGGAGAACGCCAGAGCUAAGAUCCUGUGGGACUUCCAGAUCCAGACAGACAAAAUGGUAAUGGCGAACCAACCAGACAUUGUCGUAGUGGAUAAACAACAGAGGAAAGCCGUUGUGGUAGAUGUAGCAAUACCAAGUGAUUGCAACAUCAGGAAAAAGGAGCACGAGAAACUAGAGAAAUACCAGGGCCUCAGGGAAGAACUGGAGAGGGCCUGGAAGGUGAAGACCACAGUGGUGCCUGUGGUCAUCGGGGCCCUCGGGGCAGUAACCCCCAAACUGGAGCAGUGGCUCCAACAGAUCCCAGGAACAACAUCAGACAUCUCAGUCCAGAAAUGUGCAGCAGUCCUUGGCACAAGAUACUGCAGGACCCUCAAGCUCCCAGGCCUCUGGUAGAGGACCCGAGCUCAGAGGAUAAGAACCACCCGCGGUGGGUGA